AUGCCUCCAGAGGAGCCGCCAAAGUGCACCCAGUUCGGACAGCAGGGUCAUCCCGCAAAUUUUCGCCCUCAAUCCCCGCUCUGGGAGAAAGUUAGCCAAAGCCCCAACAAACCACUGGACCCGACUUCCAUCCCCGCUGCUCCCCCACCCCUCCCAACUAAUUAUGGUCACAGGCCUAGGCCUGCUAGCGCUAGCGUCAUAUUAGGACCGACCGACCGACCUAAAGCAACUAGUAGGCUAAAGCCUCGCUCUCAAAAUCACCAUAGGCGUCCCGAACACUCAUCUUAA